AUGCACGUUCACUUUGGCACGCCGGAUUUCCAGAGCAUGCAGCGGAGCACGCAGUCCGCUGCGGAUCCGUUCGCAGACCCGCCGGGCCUGGCCUGGCAGAUCAUGCGGUACGCCAGGACUUUGGGAUCGGGCCUGGUCGGCCCCGAGGCAGGGCCGCCCACCUCGGGCUCGGCCCAGGACUCUGCCACGGGACGGGUCGGUGCAGGCGUGGACGAGGCGGGCCAGGUGAUUGCGGGUGGAUCUUACAUCGACGUGGCACAGGCUCGGCGCCCGCUCGCGGCCCGGUUGCCGGUGGGCAUGGCGGGCAUGACCGGGAUCGUUCGGUUCUUGGUCGCCAGGGUCUCUCCCGCAGGCACCGACGUGCAGCCGGCGCAGCGUGCCGAGGCGUGGGCGCUGCUCCACCUGGAGCUCGCGCACUCGUGGCAGUCCGCUUCGCAGCCGCGCAUGCUGCCGGUCCAGUACGAGGACCCGGCAGAAGUUGCCGGCAGCCUCGCGACGACGCCGUCGGAUUUUGCUCUGGGCGAGCCGGCGCCCCCGAGAACGAUGGCGCAAGUGGUGGAGGCCGCCCGCCUGCGGGCCGAGAACGCGGAGAUGCGGGCGCAGCUGGAGCUGCAUGGUUCGGCGGAGGGCUGGGCGUCGGGCGAGGAAGCGGGCUGGGCGUUGGGUCGGAUGUCGGGCUGGGGGCGGGGCGAGGCGUCGGACUGGGCGUCGGCCGGGUCGUCUCAGAUUCUGGCGCUCUGGCUGUUCACGUUGGGUGCAGAGUCCGGCCUGGCGCUCCCUCCGGCGCACCCUCCCCAGACGCAGGGCACGCCCUUCGCAGCGAUGGUGGCCAAAACGCCUCCCUGCACGGCCCAGUGCGCUGCCAGUGCCGCGGCGGCCGAGCUCGAGGGGGCGGAAGUGGGGUCAUCCGCGGCGAGCGCGGAGCUCACCGAGCUCUCCGAGGGUACCUACCUGGGCGUGGUGAAGUCCUACAACGACCGCCGCGGCUUCGGCUUCGUGGCUUGCGCCGAGCUGGUCGCGCUGCACGGGCGCGACGUGUACCUGCCGAAGGCGGAGGCGGCGCUGGCCGCUGUGGCGGGCCCGGUGGGCGAGGGGAUGGCCGAGGACGACGUGCUGCAGUUCCGCGUACGCCUCAGCCCCGAGGGCUACCCGCAGGCCGCGGAGGCGAGGCGGCUGCAGAAGCUCCGGGGCACGGUGGUCCGCGCCCCGCGUCCCGCGGGCCCCGGCGGCCUUGCCUGCGCGGGCAUGGUGAGGAGCAGGGGCAUGGCCGAGGCGCUGGGCACGGACUCCGUGGCGGUGGGCGCCGAGGCGGUGGGGCAGCUGCGCUUGGAUGAGGGCGACGAGGUGUCCUUCUGCGUGCCGGGCGCCCGCGACGAGACGCCGCCAGAGCUCCACGACGCCGUCCUGCACUGCCACGCGUUCGCCGACAGGGUGCUGGUGGUCGGGCGACGACCCAUCCUGGGCCCGGCCAGGGGCGGCGUGCAGAUCCCCUCGCCCCAGGUGGCGGGCCUCCCGGCGGACGUCACGGAGGCCGAGCUCUUCCACUUCUUCUCCAAGCAGGGGGCCACCAGCGUGGCGCUGGCCAGGGCGGCGGGCGGGGAGGGCUUCGCGGUGGCGCGGUUCCCUGGCAUCGGGGCGGUCUCGCGGCUCCUCAGCAGCAGGGUGCACGCGUUCGCGGACGAUGCAGAGACGAGGGUCGCCACUCUGCUCCCUGGCGCCCCAGUGGCCGACCAGCCGCUGCUGCCCGCGCUGCCGAAGCCCUUGCUGACUGCUGGGCAAGACCCCGGCACGCUCCUCAUCACGUGGUCCCCGUCCGUGAUCGCCGCUGGGUACACUCUGGAGAUCCGCCCUGCGGGCGCGCAGGCGCCGUGGGAGGCCAUCGACGACGUCACGCGCAGCACGCAGCGGCCGGAGCCAGAGAAGGCUCCGACCGCCGUCUCUGCAGCCGCGUUCCCGCCGCAGGCUGUCUCUGGCCUGGCGCAGCCCUGCACGCCAGCGCUCGGGUGGCAGCAGUGCGCUCACGGUGGGCUGGUCUCGGCGCCCCCAGUGCCCGAGGUGAGCUGGGCCGACGGGGCGGGCUCCUCCGUGCUCGUGCGCUGGCUGCCAGCGGCCCACGCCGCGGCGUACGUGGUGGAGCUGUCGGAGCUUGGCAGCUCGUCCUCCGAGCGCUUCGUCCGCGCGGCUGCGCCGCCUGGCUGCCUGGUCGACCUGCAGGUGGGCGGCCUGCGCCAGCUCGCGCCCGGUGGCUCCUACGCGGCGCGGGUCCUCUGCGUGGGCGCCUGCGGCUGUGAGUCGGCGCCCUCGGCCGUCGCGUGGGCGCCGGCCUGGGCCCCGCCGGCCUGGGCCCCGCCAGCCUGGGCCCCGCCCGCCUGGGCCCUGCCCGCCUGGGCCCCGCCGGGGUGGGCCGCCGGCCCCGGUGCAGACGGGCUGCCGCGGCUGCUCCACUCCCUGGGCGGGCCGGCGCCCGCGCUGGCGGCGGAGCCGCCGCCCGGGCAGGCUGCGCUGGCGAAGCCAGCGCCGUCGCCGAUGGUCGCAGGGCCGCUGCCAGAGGUGCAAGCGUCAGCGACGGCCGGCGGCAGCGUGUGCGGCCCAGGCUUUCGAGCGGCGGGCGUCCCUGCCGCGCCAGGGGCCCCCAUGGUCGUCGGAGCCAGCUGUCUGCUGCUCGACUGA